AUGGAUAACUCGGAUAUUAAAACCAGGUUUCUAAUCAUAUCAGAUACCCAUGGCGAAGGCCUUCCCACGGACUUCAAGCCCGGCUUUUCCGCAGAUGUACUCAUCCACUGCGGUGACUUGACAGAUGAAUCGAAAUCGCAUGAGUAUGGGUCUACUCUCAAGAUGAUGAGCAACAUCAAGGCGUCUCUGAAGCUUGUGAUUCCCGGAAAUCACGACUUCACCCUUGACAAGUUGGCUUACACCGCACUUCUUGAAAAUGGCGAUCUAGAGGCAAAAUUGGUCGAGGAAACCUAUGGAGAGUAUGGAAAAGUGGGAGAUCUUUUCGCAGUAUAUCCUGACAUUCGAGUUUUGACGGAGGGCACUCACGAAUUCCACCUGAGUAAUGGGGCUCGUCUGCUGCUCUACUCCAGUCCAUAUACCCCCUCAGAGGGAAACAUGAGAUUUCAAUAUUCGCGUAGCGCAGGGCAUACCUGGGACGUAUGGAAAGCGGAUGUUGUUGUUACCCAUGGUCUGCCAGAAGGAGUUCUCGAUCGCACCCUCUCAAGAGAGCGGGCUGGAUGUCCUCAGCUUUUUGCCGCCGUGGCACGCCAGCGGCCAAAACUGCACUGCUUCGGGCACAUCCAUGAGCGAUGGGGAGCCAAGUUAGUUCAUUGGAGGGAGAAAGCGUCAGAGCAUCCGUCGCAUUUUACCGACAUCGACAACGAAAAGUCAACGCCCAUCGAGAGUCUGCAGAGUCUUGCAGUUGGGAAAUUUGACAACGAGGACACGGCCAAUGCGAAGAAGAAUAGGUUGGAGGAACUGCUGUCCCAGGGGUUCUGUGACACCAGCCGAUGUUCUAAGGAUAUCGCCAGCAUUCAACAAGGGUCGGACACCCUGUUUGUGAAUGCAUCCAUCCAAUCUGCUACGGGGGGUAAACCUCAAUUGCCGUGGCUGAUAGAUAUCAAGCUGCCACUCAUUUGA